AAGCUCCCAAAAUUAAAUGAUAAUGGAUAAAUGAUUAAAACAUAUUUGAUCUGCCAGUGUAAUACGCGAUUUUCUGAAUAAAGACAAUUCACGAAGAGCGCACCUAAAAUUUUAUAAGAUUAAAUUAUAAUUUUUUAAUGUUGAAAAAAAAUAAAAAUAAUUGAAUAAUUGAUAAUUGGAUCAUUAAAUACAUAUAUAUAUAAUUGAGAAGUUUAAUUAUCUAAUUAUGAACUGUUAAAUAAAUAAACGAGUAAUUGAACUGUAAUAAAUUCAGUUACACAAUUUAGUCGCGUGUACUAUAAAUAAUUUUUAUUCAUAAAAUUUUUAGUUAAAAAUGAUUUAUGCUGAAGAAGACACGCAGACUAUUUUUCAAAAAGAACAAGAAACUUUGGCGAAGGAAUUGGAUUGGUUGUUGAUUUCUCAAUUACCAAAUGCACUUUAUGAGAUAAAGAAAGGGCUGAAGAAAUGUGAAACGAUUAUGAAGUCACCUGAACAUGAUGAUUCUCUGGGCACAAGUACUUUACCGAUAUCAUCAAACAAUAAUGAUUUUUUAAAAGGAUUCAUUACUUUAGAUGGUAGCGAUAUUAUCAAAGGGGAAUUAUCAGUAAAAUUAUCUAAUUACAAUAGGGGUAAUUUAAUUAAACUAACCAUUAAUCCAAAAAAGCCUUACUUUAUUGAACAGUUGGUUGAUGCACAGAAUUACCUUACUUUGGCAUUGGAUGCAUUGGAACGCACUAGUAAAGAUCUUACAAAAGAAAGUGCUCGAGAGUUGUUAGAUUCUGUUCUCAUUUAUAUUAUAAGUAGUCGAUCAGUUUUGGUUUGUGCUCAUGAAGAAAAAUUGUUCCCUUAUAAGAUUUGCGAUCCUCAGAUGUUUGGUACAGUAAUACCCGAAGAUUUAAUUAUUCAAUUUCAUGUAGAAGGAUCAAAUGUUGUUUGUUCAGUUUAUGGACUACAUUACCAUUCUUCUUUACCAUCACAAAAGAAAAACGGUGGUUUGUUAGGAACGGCCAAAUCAUCUUCAAAUAUUUGGAAGUAUAAAGAUAAAUAUGCUUCUGUGUUAGAUAAAGUGAUUGUAAAAUCACGUGAUCCAAAACUCGAGGAAGUUAUGGAAGGUUUGGAGAAAUUAGAAAGAGAGUGUUUAGCUUGGAAAGGAAAAAUUGCUUUAUUCAAAAAUUUGGAAUUAGGAAAUUGACCAUCCCGCACUUUUACGUGAUGAUUUACACCAGAAUAAUGAUUUUAAUAUUUACUCUCAGUAUUCAUUAUAUGAUAUUAUUCUAAUAUCCGAUUAACUUUUUUUCUUGCAUUGUAUUUAAAUAAAAUAUGAUAUUGAAAAAAAUUUUCUGCAA